AUGCCGAGCUCAUCAAUAGACCCGGCCAUCGUCCGCGCCUUGUCGCUGGACGUCGGUACCUCCAAGAUGGCCACGCACGGCGGCUCGGGAUUCUCUUCGACGUUCAGGAUCACCACGCCCACGAGGUCGAUGUUCGUCAAGACGAGUUCCGAAGCCGGGGCCAAGGUCAUGUUUGAAGGCGAACAUGCCUCUCUGAACGCCAUACACGACGCCGUGCCAAGUCUGUGUCCCAAAUCUUUCGGAUGGGGACAACUUGAAAAGGGUGGUGGAGGGGGGUAUUUUCUAGCCACGGAGUUUCUCAACCUCGGUGGUCUCUCACCGUCGAUGUCGAAAAGAAGAGGAUCAGGAGGAGCAACGUCGGCAGGAAGUGGGAUGAGUCUCGCUGAGAAAUUGGCACGGUUACAUUCCACACCCGCUCCUGUACCGGAGGGUUACGAUGAGCCUCAAUUCGGGUUCCCCGUGUCGACAUGCUGCGGUGAUACGCCGCAAGACAAUACAUUCAGUCCGUCAUGGGCCGAAUUCUUCGGCCAGAGACGAUUACUAGCCAUCUUGGAGCGAGGGGAGAGGAACAACGGUUCUGAUGCGCAACUCCGAAAGACCGUCGAGAGGGUGGUUGACGAGGUCGUACCGAAAUUACUUGGUGAUGGACACCUGGGUGGCAAAGAGGCGAUCAGACCGGUCGUGGUACACGGGGAUCUGUGGAGUGGGAAUAAAUCUCGUGGAAGGUUCGUGGGUAGAAGACAAACGCGAACAGAGACAGAAACACAAAAUGGCGGCAGCGGCAGCAGCAGCGACGGUGACGGUUCAGCGGUGGAGGACGUCGUCUAUGAUCCUGCUUCAUGUUACGCUCACAACGAAUACGAUUUUGGAAUCAUGAACAUGUUUGGAGGGUUCGGAAGUUCUUUCUGGAACGAAUACCAUGCUAUCGUACCCAAAACGGAGCCGGUGAGUGAGUAUGAAGAUCGGAUCAGACUCUAUGAGAGCUAUCACCAUUUGAAUCAUUGGGCAAUCUUUGGGGGUGGUUACAAAGGUGGCGCGAUGGGGUUGUUGAAAGGCUUGUUGAAAAAGUAUGGUGAUUGA